AUGAUGAUCCAUCAAGCUUUAGCUCUCCCGCGUUUUACUUUCCCAGUCUUCACCAAAGGAUUUAGGUCUAAUGGAGCUCUGUUUCUGCAUCAGUCCCGAACAAAGAUCCCAAGAGUACCAUUUUGUGCUACUGAUGAUCAAAUUGCCAGUUCCCAAUUGAAGAAGACAAGGCAAGUAGUGGAGCAUGUGUGUUUACUCAAAGCAAAAGAGAAUUUAUCUGAAGAAGAAGAGAAAAAUAUGUUGGAUUAUCUCUACACAUCUCAAUACCAAAUGAGAGGCAUUGUUGCUAUAUCUGUAGGUUGCAUCGGUGAUAGAAACGGUGAAGAUUACACGCACGCUCUCUACAUGAGAUUCCAGAAAAAGGAAGACCUUGACAAGUUCUAUGAGAACCCUUCGUUCUUGAAAGUUCUCAGUGAACGUGUGACACCAUUCUGCCAUGGGCUAAUGAAUGUGGACUAUGAAUCAGAGGUUGAAGAUGACAUCCUUUCAAUAUUCCGAAAAGGAGAGGAGUACAACUAUGGCGAAGAGUUUGUUCUUCUGGUUGCUUUUGCUAAGAACGCUUCUGUCAAGAACAUUGAAGAUGCAAUGGAUUAUUUUGCACAGCUAACUUCAUCUCUUCCAUCAGUAAUUGUUCAGUCCACACAAGGCUCAAACUUUAACGACAGCAGUAAGGAAUUCACACACGCAGCAGUAGUUCGAUUCCGUUCAUUUGAGGCCAUGGAGAUUUUCCUUGAGGGCAGAGAGUAUAAAGAUAUGUGGAGGUCUCAGUUUGAGCCGUUUAUAGAAAAGGCACUAGCUCUUCAUUUCUCUGUGGAUCCUGUGGGUACCGACAUCAUGUGA